AUGUCUCUUGCUCGUCAAAACUAUCACGAUGAGGUGGAGGCGGCGGUGAACAAGCAGGUAGUAGUAGCUCUCCUCGUCCCCCAAUCACACACAAAUGGUUCAGAUCAACAUCGAGUUGUACGCCUCGUACGUCUACCUCUCCAUGCACGCCUACUUUGACCGUGACGACGUGGCGCUCGCCAACAUUGCCGCAUUCUUCAAGGAGCAGUCGGAGGAGGAGCGCGGCCACGCCACCGAGCUCAUGCGCAUUCAGAAUGUGCGCGGCGGGCGCGUCGUGCUGCACAACGUGCAGAAGCCCGAGAAGAACGAGUGGGGCAGUGUGCUGGAGGCGUUCGAGGCCGCGUUGGCACUCGAAAAGUUCAACAACGAGGCACUGCUCAAGUUGCACGCCGUCGCCGAGCAGAAGAACGAUCCACAGCUCACGAAUUUCAUCGAGGGAAAGUAUCUGGAGGAGCAGGUUUGGUUCCUGUAGGCUGGUGGAAAGUUACGAUUCCGAUUUAGGUCCAUUCGAUCAACGAAUUCGCUCGCCACGUGGCCAACAUCAAGAGAGCCGGACCCGGACUCGGCGAGUACCUUUUCGACAAAGAACAAUUCUCCGAUUAA